UCAAACCGAGCGGAUCCCUGAUUUCAAUGCUUUAACGGUGCUUCUACCCGGCUGCCCAGAAAGAAACAGAGGGAUCGUAGAGGGAUCGAAGCCCGAGCAGAGAAAAGGGGGGCAAUAAACCAGCGAAGGAAAGGAAAAGGAUUUGCAAUUGAAGUUUCAUUCAUUCGUCUAAUUAUUGCGCUUUCUUCCGUGGAUCCGUACCGACACUCUAUCAAGCUGUGUUCUCUGACCAUGGGAUGUACUCUGAGCGCAGAGGAGAGGGCGGCUCUGGAUCGGAGCAAAGCCAUCGAGAAAAACCUGAAGGAGGACGGCCUCACCGCGGCCAAAGAUGUUAAACUGCUGCUGCUCGGGGCCGGAGAGUCAGGGAAAAGCACCAUCGUCAAACAGAUGAAGAUCAUCCACGAGGACGGUUUCUCCGGCGAUGACGUAAAGCAGUACAAGCCCGUUGUUUACAGCAACACCAUCCAAUCUUUGGCCGCCAUCGUCCGCGCCAUGGACACGCUGGGCCUGGAGUACGGAGACAAAGAGCGCAAGGCGGAUGCUAAGAUGGUGUGCGAUGUGGUCAGUCGUAUGGAGGACACGGAGCCUUACUCUGCUGAGCUGCUCUCCGCCAUGAUGCGUCUGUGGUCUGACUCGGGCAUCCAGGAGUGCUUCAGCCGCGCCCGAGAGUACCAGCUCAACGAUUCAGCACAGUACUAUCUAGACAGCCUAGAUCGAAUCGGUGCGGCGGACUACCAGCCCACAGAGCAGGACAUCCUGAGGACCCGAGUGAAGACCACAGGCAUCGUCGAGACACACUUUACCUUCAAAAACCUUCAUUUCAGGCUGUUUGAUGUGGGAGGUCAAAGGUCAGAGAGGAAGAAGUGGAUUCAUUGUUUUGAGGAUGUCACAGCCAUUAUUUUCUGCGUGGCGCUCAGCGGAUAUGACCAGGUGCUGCACGAGGACGAGACCACGAACCGCAUGCACGAGUCUCUCAAGCUGUUCGAUUCCAUCUGUAACAACAAGUGGUUUCAGGAAACCUCCAUCAUCCUCUUCCUGAACAAGAAGGACCUCUUUGAAAGCAAGAUCAGCAAGUCACCGCUGUCCAUCUGCUUCCCUGAGUACACUGGUCUGAAUACGUACACAGAGGGACUGGGAUACAUCAAGUCUCAAUAUGAGAGCAAGAACAAGUCACCCAAGAAAGAAGUGUACUCCCACGUGACCUGUGCUACGGACACCAACAACAUCCAGUUCGUCUUUGACGCCGUCACUGACGUCAUCAUAGCCAAUAACCUCCGGGGGUGUGGCCUGUACUGAUGAUGCUGUUAAACUUUGGCCAAUGGAUGCUGGGUGUUUGACUUGUAUGUGAGAGCCGGUCAACUGUGGGACCUGAGCUGUGUUCAUGAUGUCAUAGUUCUCAUUUCUCAUACUGGCCCAGUUUGAAUUAACUGGUUGGUUGUUGGUGGUUGGUUGGCUGAGACGUCUUAUCUUUAUCCUAAUUAAGAACCGUUAUUUUAAGCUUCUAAAAUCUGUUCUCGCUGCAGAUAUUUUGCACAAUACCGAAGCUGAGAAGCAGAACGAGAGACCAGCUGAGCCGAACACAGUCUGGUGUACUGAAUCACUUUUUUCCCAUUUGUGUUCAUAUUUUUGUAUCAUAAAUUUGUGCCUUAUUUAUACCAAAAGUCGACGCAAACGUGCGUAUGAUUAGUCUUAGUGGGGGUCAAGUUUAGCUAAUUCAAAGCUUUAAUCAAAACUGACUUUGUUGCAGGCAUUUCAAGUACUGAGUGUAAACUUCAGAGCUGUUAAAUCGAGGAAAAUAAUUGUAUGAUAUUUUCAGAGUAGUAGAGUUUUGGGGGUUAAAUUCCCAGCAGUAUUUGUGCCCACUAAGAAGCUGAGGGGGAGUUACAGCAAAUGAUAAAAACAAUAAUCGAUAAUGAACUUGGAAUAUUUAAAUGGGAUUGCCACUUUUACGUAAAGUUCCCAUAGUAAAAACAGAGUGCACCCUGGUCACUAGUGGGUGGUCCACAGGGACACCUGAGACACCUGCUGACGUCAUUCUAAAGAGUCGAGCUGUGAGAACAUAUCACAAAUCUUACCGCUGUGCUUUUAACCUGCGAUGAAACUGUGUAGAUUUCAGUAAACCUCCUGAUUCCUCUUCUGAUUGGAUCUGAUUUCAUGGUGUAAACGAGCGCAUAAAGAGGACGUUGUUGCUCGAGCCACGCCGCUGACAUCGUUAAUCUCUGCAGACGUCACUCCUGGCUGCAGGCUCAUCUCGCUUCUUGCGCGGGACUCCUUAAAAUCAAUUGAAACAAAGAGUCGCAGAAGCUCUUGCCGACUCCCGCGGACAGUUUCCGCCUAGAUAACGCUUCAGCACAAGUACUGCCAUUUUUGGGAGCAUUUCAAGUUGAUAUACAUCAAUACAACCAUUACAGCCCAAAUU